AUGACGUCUUCAGUCCACCCUGUGGUAGAUCUCCUGGGUCAAAUGAUCUCCAUUCCCAGUACCAGCGAGCAAGAACUUGAGGUCGGUAUAUUUCUAGAGAAGUAUCUACAGAACCUGGGCUGGACGGUUGAGCGCGUCGCAAUUCACCCUGGCUCUAAUCGCUAUAAUGUCUACGCCUAUCUUGGUUCGACCCGCAAAACCCGCGUUAUGCUCACAUCUCAUAUGGACACCGUGCCGCCGCACAUUCCCCUCGAACUCGACCUUGAUGCAGGAAUUGUAUGGGGUCGUGGCGCAUGUGAUGACCAGGGCCCAUUAGCUGCUAUGAUAUGGGCAGCUAAGGAGCUACAGGAGCAGGGUAAAGUGAAGGAAGGCGAUCUCAGCCUCCUAUUUGUUGUUGGAGAAGAGAAAGGCGGCCCUGGAAUGCUUGCUGCAAAUGACCUUGGCUUAACAUGGGAGUCCAUCAUCUUCGGAGAACCUACUGAAGGAAAACUGGCAAAGGGUCACAAGGGGCACGUCGUCUUUGAGCUGACAGCGAGCGGGAAAGCAUGCCAUUCUGGAUAUCCUCAUCGUGGAAAGAGCGCGACAUCCACUUUACUUAAGGUCCUGAGCAAACUUGAGGAAGAGAGCUGGCCGCAUUCUGACCUACUAGGUCCAUCAACUUUCAAUAUCGGCAAAAUUGAAGGUGGCGAGGGUUACAACAUUCUCGCUCCUUCUGCAAAGGCUCUCUGCGCGGUCCGAGUUGCCGCCGAUCUACCUCUUAUCAAGUCCAAAGUUUCGGCUAUUGUUUCUCAAUUCUCAGAUGUCGAGCUGAAGUUCAAUUUCGAAUACAAUGAAACUCUACUUGACUGGAAUAUUGAAGGCUUCAAAUCAGCUCCGGUGAGCUACGGCACGGAUGUUCCCCGACUGAAGGGAUCUCAUAACAAAGUCCUCUAUGGUCCCGGCUCCAUAUUGUUUGCACACGGUAAAGAGGAGCAUGUUAAAAUUGACGAGCUGAUCGAAAGUGUCUCCGUGUACAAAAAGCUGGUACUACAUUUCCUUUGA